GCGCAUUUGAUGGGAAUUUACGGUAGACGUAGGCAGCAAACGGAAACACGUGAGUAAAUAGGAAGUAAACUACGCCGCGCGGUUUGUGUCGCUUCCCGUCUGCAGUCUAGCGAAAUGGCGGGGAUGAAUGCGAUGGAGAAGAAAUUGGCAGAAUACAAAUGUGACACAAAUGAAGCGAUAUGUCUGAAACUUGUGCGUUUCCCAGAGGAUGUGGAAGAUGAAAGCACAACGUUCCACCCUGAGUAUAGUCACCAGCUGUAUGGAGAUGAUGAAGUGGCAUUUGGCUAUAAAGGUCUUCAGAUUCAGUUGUACUACACCGCAGGAAACUUGAACACACUCUUCAAAGUAAAAUAUACAUCGAAGGUGUCUGAGAAGUUUGACUGCGUGGAGCCCGACAACGUGGAAGGCAAGAUCCGUGAGAUCAUCCCCCCGGGCUUCACCAGCAACACGGAUGACUUUGUGGCGCUAUUGGAGAAGGAGGCCAACUUCAGGCCGUUUGGGAGUCUGCUGCACACGUACACGGUGCACGGUGGGGAGGACGGAGAGGAUAUCACCUACCAGAUCUACAAGGCGGACAUGGCGUGCCCUGGCUUCCGGGAAUACCACGCGCGCCUGCAGACCUUCCUCAUGUGGUUCAUCGAGACGGCCAGCUUCAUCGACGUGGACGACGAGCGCUGGACCUACUUCCUCGUAUUCGAGAAGUACAAUAAGGACGGAGAGACCCUCUACGCCACCGCUGCCUACAUGACAGUGUAUAAUUACUACGUGUACCCAGACAAAACCCGGCCACGCGUAAGCCAGAUGCUGGUGCUGCCCCCAUUCCAGGGAGAAGGUCACGGGGCACAGCUGCUGGAGGCGGUGCACCGCUUCUACUGCACGUCUCCGCUGGUGCAGGACAUCACAGCGGAAGAUCCCUCCGAGAGCUACGUGAAGCUGAGAGACUUUGUGUUGGUCAAGCUCUGCCAGCCGCUGUCAUCCUUUGCCCCGGAGCAGCUGAGCCAGGGUUUCAGUGACGCCAUGGCGACGGAGGCCCGCGAGAAGCUGAAGAUAAACAAGAAACAUGCCAGGCGCGUGUAUGAGAUCCUGCGCCUGCGAGUGACGGACAUGAGCGACGAGGAGAAGGCGAAGUCAUACCGGCUGGAGGUCAAACGGAGAUUGUUUGGGCCCUACAAGAAAAACCAGAGAGAAAUGGUGAAGAUGAAGAAGUGUCUGAGGCCAGAGGAGCUGGCUUCUCACAUCAGCCAGAUGGACACAGAACUGCAGCACCAGGAGCUGGAGAAGAGCUACCAGGAGCUGCUAGCAGACUACAGACGGGUCAUCGAGCGCCUGGCUCGAAUCUGAUCCACCACGCGAGACCUGCCACCCAUAUCCCACCCUAAUCCCCUUAUAGAGCCCUUUCUGUGGUUGUUUGCGUAUGCGUUCCCAGUGCUGCAGCCGAUGUAGGUCCUAGCGUUCGCUAACUGUUUUGGGAAUCAGUCUGGGAGUGACCUGGAAGGGGUGAGAUCGGUCGUGUCGUUCGAGGGACUGACAGCCCACUCUAACACGGGCCAGCAGGUUCUUCCUCGCAGAGCUUUGUGUUCUCAGGCAUUACCUGGAAAGUCUUUUGGUUUUGAAGCACUUGGAGAAAACCAACGUUUUGUACAUUGCAUAAUGGGAUGUCCCUUAGUCAUCUUGUGCCAUUAGGACUUGUCAUGACUGUGACUGACUUUGAAAGUGAUUAAAAAAAGACCCUUGUAUUUCUUCUUGAA